GUGUCACUUUAAGCUACUUGACUUCGGCAGUUCAGCCUGUCGCAGUGUGCGCCACAGCAGCCAGUCCGUCGUUGUAGAAUUUCAGGAGCACAUUUAGCUGUUAUGUGACGUAUUUUGACAUAUUGCCCGUUUAAAAGUUAAUAAAAUGGGUAAAAGGGAUAAAGGAGAUCGGGAGAAGAAGUACAAAAAGCGAACCUAUGAAGAGGAAGACGAUGAAGAAGAGGUGGUGGGCAGUGAGUCUCAGGAGGCCAUACCUGCUGCUGCAGGAAAGCAGGUGGACGAGUCCAGUACAAAACUGGAUGAGUAUGGAGCCAAAGACUACCGUGUUCAGAUGCUGUUGAAGAAUGAUCACUCUUCACGGCCACUCUGGGUGGCUCCAGAUGGACACAUCUUUCUCGAGGCUUUCUCACCAGUGUACAAGUAUGCCCAGGAUUUCUUGGUGGCCAUUGCAGAGCCGGUGUGCAGGCCUAACCAUGUCCACGAGUACAAGCUGACUGCAUAUUCCCUGUAUGCAGCUGUCAGUGUGGGGCUACAGACCUCUGAUAUUGUGGAAUACCUGCAGAAACUCAGCAAGACCUCUGUACCUGAUGGAAUUGUGCAGUUCAUUCAGCUCUGUACAGUGAGCUACGGCAAAGUCAAGCUGGUGCUCAAACACAAUAGGUAUUUCGUUGAGAGUGCCUUUCCUGAUGUGAUCCAGCGCCUUCUGCAGGACAAUGUGAUCCGUGAAUGUCGCCUGCGUGCUGCAGACGGAACAGACACUGAGCUCAUUACUGAAGUCAUUCACAGCAAGUCAGCAAUCUCCAAGUCUGUUCAGGAAAAGGGAGGUGCCUCCACCUCAGAGCAGCCCACUGAUGGACAGAUAUCAACCCAGCAGGUCCCCGAGGACAUCUUUAGCUACUAUGAGCAGAUGGAUAAAGAGGAAGAGGAGGAAGAAGAGACUCAGACUGUGUCCUUUGAAAUUCGACAGGAGAUGAUUGAAGAGCUCCAGAAGCGAUGUAUUCAGCUGGAGUACCCCCUGCUAGCAGAGUACGACUUUCGCAACGACACAUUAAACCCAGACAUCAACAUAGACCUGAAGCCCACUGCUGUGUUGCGGCCCUACCAGGAAAAGAGCCUACGCAAGAUGUUUGGGAACGGACGUGCUCGAUCGGGGGUCAUCGUGCUGCCCUGUGGAGCCGGGAAAUCUUUGGUGGGCGUGACAGCAGCAUGCACAGUGCGUAAGCGCUGCCUGGUCUUGGGUAACUCCUCUGUGUCAGUGGAGCAGUGGAAGGCCCAGUUCAAGAUGUGGUCCACCAUCGACGACUCUCAGAUCUGCCGCUUCACCUCCGACGCUAAAGACAAGCCCAUCGGCUGCUCAGUGGCCAUCAGCACCUACUCUAUGCUGGGUCACACCACCAAGCGCUCCUGGGAGGCUGAGAGGGUCAUGGAGUGGAUGCGGAGCCAGGAGUGGGGACUUAUUAUCCUGGAUGAGGUGCACACUAUCCCUGCAAAAAUGUUUCGUCGUGUUCUGACCAUUGUUCAGGCCCACUGCAAACUGGGGCUCACUGCCACACUGGUCAGGGAAGAUGACAAGAUUGUGGACCUCAACUUCCUGAUUGGGCCUAAACUGUAUGAGGCCAACUGGAUGGAACUGCAGAACAAUGGCUAUAUUGCCAAAGUCCAGUGUGCAGAGGUGUGGUGUCCGAUGUCCCCAGAGUUUUACAGAGAAUAUGUGGCCAUCAAGACAAAGAAGCGCAUCCUGCUUUAUACAAUGAACCCCAAUAAGUUCCGUGCCUGUCAGUUUCUCAUUCGCUUCCACGAGCGGCGUAAUGAUAAGAUCAUUGUGUUUGCUGACAAUGUGUUUGCCCUGAAGGAAUACGCCAUUCGCCUCAACAAGCCUUACAUCUAUGGUCCGACCUCUCAGGGGGAAAGAAUGCAGAUUUUACAGAACUUCAAACACAACCCCAAGAUCAACACCAUUUUCAUUUCCAAGGUUGGAGACACUUCCUUCGACUUGCCAGAAGCAAAUGUUCUGAUCCAGAUCUCCUCCCAUGGUGGAUCACGCAGACAGGAGGCCCAGAGGCUUGGCAGAGUCUUACGAGCCAAGAAAGGAAUGGUAGCGGAGGAGUACAAUGCAUACUUCUAUUCGCUGGUGUCCCAGGACACCCAGGAGAUGGCUUACUCUACCAAGAGGCAAAGGUUCCUGGUGGACCAGGGAUAUAGCUUUAAGGUGAUCACGAAGUUGGCAGGUAUGGAAGAAGAGGACUUAAUGUUCUCCACCAGAGAUGACCAACAGCAGCUGCUUCAGAAGGUCCUCGCCGCCUCAGAUCUGGAUGCUGAGGAGGAAGUGGUGGCAGGGGAAGUCAGCGCUCGUCCACAGGUGUCAAGGCGACCGGGAACCAUGAGCUCCAUGUCCGGUGCAGAUGACACCGUCUACAUGGAAUAUCAGAGCCGAAGCAGCAAAGCCUCCGCAGCAUCCAAGAGCGUCCAUCCGCUGUUCAAGCGCUUCAGAAAGUAAAUCCAUUGACUUGAACCCUGACAUCUAAAGACUUACUCUGUUGUAAAGGGGCAAAAGGACAAAGUUGGGGGGCAACAGUGUGCAUUGAGCAGCAGGUUCAGAGUCCAUGUGUUCUGGUGAACACAGCAAUGAUUAGAUACCCUGUAACUGAGUAUUAAGGCUUUGACAGGCAAAAAUGUCUGUACAGAGGAUGAGAGCGGAUGGCUAAAUAUGUCAUUUCAUUGGCAGUGUGAAGAAUAACUUCCGUUUUAUCUACUGUUAAUGAUAACUUGACUGAGAAUUAUGAAAUCGAGGAUAUAUGUUGGACAUCAAUAGAACUGUUUGUAAAUUUGGCUAGAAUGGGCAUUAGUAUGUUCCUGAAAACCCCACUGAUGUUAUUUUCUACUGAUAUUUUUUGUGAUGUCAUUUCUUUCAUUAAAAUAAUUGUAAAUGUA